GAGAGCAGCAGAGCAGCAGAGCAGCAGCGCUUAAGGAACAGACGCUGCCGUCAACAAAAUAAGGUAAUAUUCGCAUUUAUUUUACAUUAAAUGUUGACUUUUUCAUGUGCAUUUGUUAAAUAACUACCACUGAAUUGGAUGUGAUUUUUGAAAAACUGAAAAUUAAAGCUUUUAAAGUUCAUCAAAAAACAUUAUUAUUGUAAAAAUGCUGACAAAUAUCUAUAUUUUUUGCUGUUUCAGGCUUUUUUGUCUUCAGUUUUGAUUCUGAAUGAUCAAAGCAGUCAUCAGCAGCCUCCUCAUGAGAGAUAUUUUUGCAAAAGCCAAAUGUUUUUUGUACUCAACUUUGCAACCACUUUAUAUAUCCAGUGCAUGUACCUUGUGGGGUGGGUGUUGUAUGAAACACACACUGAGAGGGUGUGACUGGCAGCAGUGGUUGUGCAUGUUGUUGCGGUGGUGUAUCAGCGCUGCUCAUGGCUCAGAGAAGAGCUGCCGGCGGCUGCUGCAGGGCACCCAUGAAUGAAGACAAUGCUCGUUUCUGCUUGCUGGCCAGCCUCAUUCUGCUCUACUUGCUCUGCGGGGCGGCCAUCUUCUCGGCUCUGGAGCACCCCUUUGAGCUGCGGGCCCGUCGCCUCUGGAAACAGCAGCUGGACAACUUUACCCAGAGAUACAGGGUGAACCUGGGAGCCCUGCACACGCUGCUGCGGCAGUAUGAGGAAGCGAAUGGAGCUGGGAUCAGAGUGGACACACUCAGGCCCCGUUGGGACUUUUCUGGAGCUUUCUACUUCGUUGGCACAGUGGUCUCCACUAUUGGUGAGUCUGGGAGCUUUUCUGUUUUUUAAGAUCAAAGUUCAAGAAGUUUUUCAAACUGCAGGUUACUUCAUUGACUUUUUACUUCCUCUCAUCCAGGCUUUGGCAUGACAACUCCUGCAACUAUAGCUGGUAAAAUAUUCCUAAUCUUUUACGGUCUCAUCGGCUGCGCUGCCACUAUCCUCUUCUUCAAUCUCUUCCUCGAGAGGAUCAUCACCAUGCUGGCUUAUAUCAUGCGCUGGUGUCACGAGCGCCGGCUGAGGUGUGCGGGAGUUGGGAUGGUGUCGAGCAGGGAGGAAUCCUCCGGUGAGGAGGACAGUCUUGAAGGCUGGAAGCCGUCGGUCUACUAUGUGAUGCUGAUCCUCGGCGUGGCAUCGAUUGUGAUUGCGUGCAGUGCUUCCACCCUCUACAGCUCCAUGGAGAACUGGAGCUACGUUGACUCACUCUACUUUUGUUUUGUGGCCUUCAGCACCAUCGGCUUUGGAGACUUAGUGAGCAGUCAGAGACAACACUAUGAGUCCCAGGAGGCGUAUCGACUUGGGAACUGCCUUUUCAUCUUGAUGGGGGUGUGCUGCAUCUACUCACUUUUCAAUGUCAUUUCUAUCAUCAUAAAGCAAACUCUUAACUGGAUUGUGAGCAAGUUGGUCUGCUCCAGGCGACACAAAUCCUGCUCCUGCUCUGCACAGGGCUGCUUGAGACUCUGCUGUCCCUGCCUCCACAAGAAGAAACACAACCAGAGACGACUGCCGGCACACCUCAGACAAAAACGCUUGAAACGUAACACCGUGCAGCCCAUCUCUUCUCACUGUCCCCCAGGGAGACAUCGCUACACAGAAGGCUCUGUGGAGACAGUGUGUGACAGUGAGACAGAGGCGGUGAAUGAUGGGGUUCAUGUGGGCCGCCGCCUGUCAGGAGAAAUGAUCUCUGUCAAUGAGUUCAUGGUGUCCAAUAAAGUGUCUCUGGCUCUGCUGCAGAAGCAGUUAAGUGAAACUGCUCAUCAGGGUCCCCGGCAAAGCUACGGACAUCAAAAUGGAUUCUCUGGUGGGGUGGGGGCUUUGGCCAUUAUGAAUAAUCGCCUACAGGAAACCAGUGUGGAUAGGUAGCACUAAACCGAUGUUUUACUUGUGUACAUCGCUUUGGGGUUCCUAUUUUGGAUGAUCUGAAGUCAAUAAUCUCCUCUUACUCUGCCCAAACCGAACUCUGAAAAUCGAGUCCAUUUUCCUCCAAUUAGCCUCUCUUUCAGUGGAAGUCUAUGCACAUAAUAGCGGACCCCAACCAUGGAUUCAGGGCAUCAAAUAAGUGAUUACUCCUUAUUCUGUUUAGAAAAAGAGAGCCAGAAGAUGAACACAGUUUGAAGAAUUCAACAUUGCUGUGAAGAGGGGUCUGAUGUCCUGAAGUGAUUGGCUCAUACAAAAGCAAUCAGACAGAAGCAGCAGUGAAGAAGCUCUCGAAGAGGACUGCUGAUUUGAGAGAGCUGCACACUUCCUCUGAGCUCCUCAAUAAAUACAGUUUGAUGUGCAGCGGUAGUCAAAAUUAGAGAACAUGCAGGUCCGAACACGAUAUCUACAGCCUCCUUUUAGCUGACUAGCUGCAUAUAUAAACCAUCAGAGACACACUUUGUAGUCAACAGAGCUUUUAGGGGACCCACAAGCACUGAGAAAGAGAUGUUUAAUUAGUUGAUUGCUCACAAGUUGCCCAUCUUGUUUCAUCAAAG